UCUGAGAGGCAGAGAGGGGGCUGGAUUGACUCAGCCUCCCCCAGUCUGUCUGCAGCCCACAGUAGGGCCCAGCCGCUACCACUGGAGCAGUGAGCCGAGUGCCGCACUGUAUAACGCAGGCUGACGGGCAGGCCACAACUUAUAACCGGCCCCCCAGGCUGAACUACUACGGCAGGUCAGCCAGAGCAAUAGUUGCCACUCGACCUCCUCCACCACGAGACGUCAAAAGGGAGCUAGACCUAGUGACAGGUACGAAUGAGAGAGCGUCUUUUUUUUUUGUUGUUUUUUUCUUGUUGUUCUUCAAACCACGAGUGGAUUGAGGCCUGCAGUCUACAAGCCACUGAGAUAUCGCAGGUGGAUGGUAGAUCGUGGCCAGCAGUAAGUGUGCAGGGGACCGCACAGGACAGAGGAGAGGCCGCACGGGCACAUUCAGCGCACUGUGAUUUCACACACAGGCAUGGAGGUGCCUUUCACGAUGCCCGUGCAGGGCGGCGCCAUGGAGCGGGGCAUGGCGGUCCUAGGCUUGGAGCCGAUGAUUGGUGGCGGCCUUGGGGCAGGUUCACGGCGCAAGCGGGAGUUCAUGCCGGACGAGAAGAAGGACGCCUCCUACUGGGAGAAGCGGCGAAAGAACAACGAGGCGGCCAAGCGCUCGCGCGAGAAGCGGCGCGUCAACGACUACGUGCUGGAGACGCGGCUGGUGGCCCUGAGCGAGGAGAACAUGCGGCUGCGGGCGGAGCUGCUGGCACUGCGAUUGCGCUUCGGCCUGCCCGGCCCCGCCUCCGCCCAGCAUAGCCUGCUGCCCCUGCCCCCCAGCCGGCCCAUGGACCCCUUCUGGGGCCGGUGGCCCCGGGAUGGCGAUCACUCCUCCCUGCCCUCCGCUCACCCCAUCUCCCCUCUGUCUUCCGUUCACACUCCUGCGACGACCGGCUACUCUUUCGGCAUCGACCGCUAUCCUCCAUUCGCCUCGUCGCACUCGCCUCUGUUCCUUCCGGCCCACCCGCCCGCCCACUGGGUUGGCCAAGCUGCUCCCAGGCCCAUCCUGGGCCCCAAGAAGCCCAGCGAUGAGGAGGCAGAGCAGCAGGUCCCGGCCGCCCUGGAGGCUGACCUGAGUACUGCACUGCCUCACAAGCUGAGGCUGAAAAUACGCGGCCAGCACUGCAGGCCCGACUCCGGAGGAGCGACGAAAGACGGAGAGUCCUUAACACCACCCCGCAAGAUACUGUACAUGACUGACUGAAUCUACACACACCAGCCAGCAAGGGAUCCAUGACCACACAGAGCAGGACUGACAGAGAGAGUCCAUACUGAACCAGAUGAUUAACUUUCAGCUUUAAUUCAGACUUCCAGGUACUGCUAAGCCUGAAAUGAUCACUUAUCCGACACGCAGGAUGAUCUGAUCAAAGCCCCUCAG